CACAAGUGUGCGUGUGUGGCUGCGGGCUGCGGAUCAGGCCCCGCCCACACUGAGCGGUGACUUGGCCCCUGCGCUCUGGGCUCUGGUUGGAGUGGCCGCUCCGAGCCACUCGCCCCGGGCGCUCAGCCUCCUCCCCUAAAGGGGACCGCCCGGCCGCCGAGCACAAGGAAGAAAGUUUGCAGCGCCGGGGCGAGUCGGGCCGCCGGAGGAAGGGAAGGAGCCGGAGGACCGGGACCUCCUCUCUGAGUUUGUGCAGCCAUCGUGGCGUCAGGGGGGCGGCUGCCCGCCGCGCACUGCAGCCGCCGGGCUUCGGGCCACCCCGCGGAAUGGGGCUCGGGGUCCCGUCCUAGGCGGGAGCCACAGGCUGGUCUGGAGGCCGGGGAGGAACUUCUUCCGCGCGCUGCCGCCCGGGCCCUGGCCGCCUGCAGAAACCCUCCGGAUCCGCGGGGGAAGGACUGAUUGCUCUCCGCCGGGAUUCGCCUGGUUCCGGCGGCUACGGCUGCAGCGUCUCCCUUUGUCCUCGGUGGACCUCCCUCCCGCCCCUUCUCCCUCCCGCUGUCAGGGAGCGGGUUCCGCUGCUCCAGGCGCCGGCGCCCUCGCAGCUCGUCGCCUCCCCUCGCCCCAGGGUCCUGGGGGACUCCUACCACCACCGCCACGUCCCGGGGAGCCCCGCCGAGGGGGCCGGGAGCUGACGGAGGCGCAGGUCCCCCCGCAGGAUGGUGGCGCGGCUGUCGCUGGCCCGCAGUCCGGGGAGCUGGCUGGUCCCGGGGCUGUGGCUGCUGGCGCUCGGCGGUCCCGGAGGGCUGCUGAGCGCCCAGGAGCAGCCCAGCUGCAGAGGCGCCUUUGAUCUCUACUUUGUCCUGGACAAGUCUUGGAGUGUGGCCAAUAACUGGCUUGAAAUUUACGAUUUUGUCAAGCAACUUACGGAACGAUUUGUGAGCCCUCGCAUGAGAGUAUCUUUCAUUGUGUUUUCUUCUCAAGCAACCACUAUUUUGCCAUUAACUGGAGACAGAGGCAAAAUCAAUCAAGGCUUGAAGGACUUAAAAGAUGUUGUUCCAGUAGGAGAGACAUUCAUCCAUGAAGGACUAAAGAAAGCAAAUGAACAAAUUGAGAAAGCAGGAGGCUUAAAAACCUCCAGUAUCAUAAUUGCUCUGACAGAUGGAAAGUUGGAAGGUCUGGUGCCAUCAUAUGCAGAGAAAGAGGCAAAAUUAGCCAGGUCAUUUGGGGCUAGAGUUUAUUGUGUUGGUGUCCUUGACUUUGAACAAGGUCAGCUCGAAAGAAUUGCUGAUUCCAAGGAACAAGUUUUUCCUGUCAAAGGUGGAUUUCAAGCUCUUAAAGGAAUAAUUAAUUCUAUACUAGCUCGAUCAUGCACUGAAAUCCUGGAAUUGUAUCCCUCAAGUGUAUGUGUGGGGGAGGAGUUUCAAAUCGUUUUGAAUGGAAGAGGACUCAACUUGGGCAGUCGCGAUGGCAGUGUUCUCUGUACCUACACAGUAAAUGACACCUACACCAAGAGUGUAAAGCCAGUAAGUGUGGAGGGGAAUUCUGUGCUUUGUCCUGCACCUAGUCUGAAUAAAGUUGGAGAAACUCUUGAUGUUUCAGUGAGCUUUAACGGAGGAAAAUCUGUUAUCUCGAGCUCAUUAGUAGUCACAGCCACAGAAUGUUCUAAUGGGAUUGCAGCCAUCAUUGCCAUUCUGGUGUUACUGCUGCUCUUGGGCAUCGGUUUGAUGUGGUGGUUUUGGCCCCUUUGCUGCAAAGUGGUUAUCAAGGAUCCUCCUCCACCACCACCCUCUGCACCACCUGUAGAGGAGGAAGAGGAUCCUCUGCCAAACAAGAAAUGGCCAACUGUGGAUGCUUCCUAUUAUGGCGGUCGAGGGGUUGGAGGAAUUAAAAGAAUGGAGGUUCGCUGGGGUGAUAAAGGAUCUACUGAGGAAGGUGCAAGGCUAGAGAAAGCCAAAAAUGCUGUGGUGACAAUCCCUGAAGAAACAGAGGAACCCAUCCGGCCGAGGCCACCUCGACCCAGACCCUCGUACCAGACUCCUCAGACAAAGUGGUACACACCAAUUAAGGGUCGGCUGGAUGCGCUCUGGGCUUUGCUGCGGCGGCAGUACGACCGGGUUUCCUUGAUGCGACCUCAGGAAGGAGAUGAGGGCCGGUGCAUAAACUUCUCCCGAGUUUCGUCUCAGUAAAAAGAAAGACCAAGAAGGUAUGAAGAUGGUACAUCUUCACACUGCUGAUUUCCAACCGAAUGAAAAACAAUAAGUGCAUCUUAGAAGUUUUUGGAAGAGCAGCUUUAUUCCUCUCAGUCGGGAAAUGUUUUCUCUGCCUUCUGCUUUGCUUGCACCAGACCUUUUCAAACACUUGUUCUGCCAUCUACCUGGGAGUUGAUGAAACCCAGUAGUAACUCAUGAUUCAUGGCACUGAAAAUAAAGAGGACCAUUAAUCUACAUGCCUGACUUAUACAAAAAAGUUUGCAUGAAUGUGUAGAAAAGGAAAACAAUAAAAAACAACAGCAUGAAGAUGAUAUCAAAACGGAGACCACAAAACAACUGGCCGUGAUGGAUCUUUAAUGAAGAGAGGAGUGUUGAACAUGGUAACAUGGCUCCCGUGUUUUCACAUGGCAAGAUUGUGUAUCCACAGGCAGAGUAUGAGAUUUCCCGCCAGACUCAGCAAAUAAAGAAGUCUAUUGCCUUAUAGCUCUGUCAGAUCACAAAAUCCUUCCACGUUCCCUACCACAAUGUGCCUAUGGGAAGCUUCUGCCUGGAAAAUCUUGUCAUUCUAACACUGAAAAGUGCACACGCGUGACAAAAUGAAGACUGUAUGCCCCCAGGUAUUGGUAGCAAGCAAGAUUUUGCCCUUUAGUUUUUCAAGACACCUUUCUUUCAUUAUGCACUUGGGAAAGAAGACAAUUAAUAGAGCAUUAUUACACAGGAAGACGGCCUCUACCCAGAGGUCUUGAGUGGAGUGUGAGGGACUCAUGAUUUGAGAACUUGUCCCUGUGAUUGGUGGACGUGCCCCUCUUUCUCUGUGUAGGGCUUAGUAGUGCGUAAAGCAUCAAUAUCUGUAAACACACCAAGCAGUUUUGUUUGCUUUUAAUUUAAUGGAAGCAGUAACCACAAAGCUUCCGCUCAGGGUUUUUCUUUCUCCGAGUCUCCAAGGGCUCCUCAGCGUCACAAGCCAGCAACUCUCUUUGCAUGAAAAUUUCAAAGUUUAAUUAAUAUAAUUAAAGGCAACAGCAAGCAGCAGCCUGUGAAGAUUUUGCUCAUCUUUUUUAUGCCUUUUGACAUUGAAUGACCUAUUACUGUAUGCGCAUUACUUGGAUUUUGAGGGGCACUUUAUCUUGGAUGUGAUUCAGUAGAGAAGAAAAGACCUCCACUCAUCAAUUUGAAAAUUAAAUGUUCAGGAGGAUCAGCCACCACAAAACAUCGAAAAUGUAUAUAUUAGAAUUUUUUAGAAAAACCACCAUCGUGUCAUGUCGACGAUGCCAAAUUAUGUUAGCGUGAGCGGAAACACGGUGGGGGAGGAAGAAGGCAGCAGCUGAAGAGAAAAGCUCAAAUGAUCUAGUCACUUUCGAUACUGAAUUUCAGAUGCGAAAUGGAUAUUCGACGCGAAACCUGACAAAGUGCGCCAGCUUUGAUGUGAACUGGUAUAGACAAUGACCAGUGGCUGGGUCAGUGGGAUGUCUCUCUGUGAGCACAAAGGCUUAUCAAAUGACACUAAAAAUAAGUUCAACAACCAUCACGUUGGAAGGGAGAAGGCGAACAUUUCAUGUUUGGCGGGCAUGUGAGUGCACAAGAUGGAAAGAGCGAUUUGGAGCAACCCAGUUUAAUUACCCCCAUUGUGCUCUUCAUGGAAAUUUCAAAGGACGGGAGUGACUCUGUGGGUUGGUGUCCAGAUUUGUGGCGCUGCUCCAAGAAGCCCGACUCACACACGCAACUAUAUAUGUACAUGUAUAUCUUCUAGCUUGAAUCUUUUGCUCAAGUUUAUUUAUGUCACUGGCUGGCUGGAUCCAAUGUCAUGUGUCUACAUAUUCAUAAAUAAAAUUUUACCUGCGCCUCUGCUACCAUUUUCUUUAAGCCUACAUAAACUAGUUUCGGGGACAGAAUUAUAUUGCGUCCCCAAAUGUCCCCUGUGUUCACAAGUGAUGCUAUUGGCAGUAAUUAUCCAUGUGUGCAAGUGUGACUUGGAAGUCCAUUGAGUUCUUGUAGACCUUUCUUCUACAUUUGCAUCUGGGACAGGGCCUAUCCCUAUUUUCUUUAAAUUGGCACUUCGUUUCUGAUCAGUGCACAUUCCUAAAUGGCAUUUAUGAGUAUCAAGGAUGCCUAGAAGCUAAAGCUUUUGCUUUGAUAGUGACUUUGAAUUUAUCUAGUAUUGUAUGGCAUUUGAUGACAUUUGUAUGUUGCUACACGAGCACUGUAAGUAGACCUUGAUCUUUAAAUGGCAAAGUAGUUUUCGGUGGAUUGCCGUGCAUAUGAAUUUGCAGUUCUAAUACCACUAUGAAGAAUUCUCCGUGAUAACAGAGAGGCAUUGGUCUACAUGUACUCUAAAAAAGUACUGUUCAUAAUGUUUAAAGACAGAUGAAUUUCAUUGCACUGAAAGAUAUGAGUCAGCUUUAUGUUACUACUUUCUCUGAUCAGGCUAAGUAGCAAAUGAGAGGACUUUUCUUUAAUGAGUACUGUUUUCUCACUAUAUUGAAAACCUCUAGACCAGUGGUUCUCAACCUUGGCUGCACAUUAGAAUCACCUGGGAAUCUUUUUAAAAUCCUGAUUUCUGGGCCUCAUCCAGGUGAUUCUAAUGUGCAGCCAAGGUUGAGAACCACUGCUCUCUAGACCUUUCAACCAGGAAAAUAAAAGGGUCACAGAAAGUCAUUUCCAUAAGUUUAAUAACAUUUUAUAUUUUAUGUAGAGAAAAAGUUCCUGUUUAAUAUUUCUGGACUUAAGUUCAGUCAAGAUUUCUUUUCUGUGAAUAAAUGAGUAAGCCUUUAGCCAUAAUCCAUUUGUGUUGCAUAAGAUUUCAAAAACAAUUAAGUGGGAAAUGACUCCUAACUUAUGUGUCUACUCUGCCUGGAAAGAAAGUUUUGAAGGCAUCUAUAUAUAUUUCAUAACAAUGUCUGUUCUUUAUGGAUUUGAUCCAUAAAUAUUUAUCUAUCUGAAAACUUUGAUACUUGGAAUGUUUUCCUUAAAGCAUUUGGUGCUCCAAGAAAAAACAUUUGGUGCUAAGAGUUGCAUCACUGAUGCCUUUCCCCAAGUUACUUCUAUUUUAACAUUUUAUAUUUCCUUCCCAAUGAGAUGCAGAGUAACAUGUGAGACCCUCCAUCAGCUGGAAGCAGCAUCUGUCACUAUGGAUAAUUACUACUUUGACAAAAAUAUAUAAGGUUUAAACUCCCUGUGUUUCAGAUUGUUAGAGAAGAUAUGAACUGCUUAUAUUUCCCUUGAACUUUAUUCUAACCACUUUAAAUAAUAAAUUAUUCAAUAUUUGUUUUUCAAAUAAAUCUAUACUGGGUAUAAGA